UGUCACAACAGUGGUUUGGGUAGCAAACAGAGACACCCCACUUGAGAAUUCCACUGGAUUUCUCAAGAUAGGUGAAAGGGGAAACAUCGUUAUCAUGGAUCAGUCCGAGAAACCCAUAUGGUCCUCGAAUCAAUCCACAACAGCUAUCAACCCUGUUCUUCAGCUUUUGGAUUCUGGGAACUUGAUUCUCAGAGAAGAAAAAGAGAAUGACCCCACAAAGUUUCUAUGGCAAAGCUUCGAUUACCCAACAGAUACCCUUUUACCCGGUAUGAAACUGGGGUGGAACUUAGACACAGGCAUGGAGAGGCACAUAACCUCGUGGAGGAUCAAAGAUCAAGACCCUUCAAGUGGAGAUUUUUCUUUCAAGCUAGAUCACCAAGGCCUCCCAGAAAUCUUCCUGUGGAACAAGGAUGAGAAAAUAUACAGAAGUGGACCUUGGAAUGGUGACAGAUUCAGUGGGGUACCAGAGAUGCAACCCGUUACAGAUUCUAUUAAAUUUAUGUUUUUUGUUGAUGAACAUGAAGUGUACUACACAUUCUCAAUUGGGAACCAAUCCUUGUUUUCGAGACUCUCUGUGAGUCCUGUAGGGGAACUUCAACGACUUACAUGGAUCCAAAGCAGCAAACUUUGGAACAAAUUCUGGUAUGCACCAAAAGAUCAAUGUGAUAAUUACAAAGAGUGUGGUCCCUAUGGUGUAUGUGACACAAAUGCUUCACCGGUUUGCCAGUGUGUCAAAGGGUUCCACCCCAAGAACCAGCAGGCAUGGAAUUUGAGAGAUGGGUCAGAUGGGUGUGUGAGGAACACGAAAUUGGAGUGUGGGAGUGACAAGUUUUUGCAUUUGAAGAAUGUGAAGUUGCCAGAGACAACCACUGUGUUUGUGAAUAGGAGCAUGAACCUUAAGGAAUGUGGAGAUUUGUGCUAUAGUAAUUGUUCCUGCACUGCUUAUGCUAACAUCGAGAUCACUAAUGGAGGAAGUGGUUGUGUGAUGUGGGUUGAUGAACUUAUAGAUAUGAGACAGUAUCCUGCGGGUGGACAAGAUCUCUAUGUCAGAUUAGCAGCUUCCGAUGUAGGCUAUGGAGGUGAUUCUGACCAAAAAAAUGAUACAGCUAAAGCUGUAGGCAUCAUAAUUGGUGGUACAGCUUUUAUACUUUUGGCAUUAUUGGGUACAUGUUUCUUAUGGAAGAAGAGGAAAUUGCAAUGCUUAUUGAAAUGGAAGACUAGACAAAGAGGCUUUCCUGAAAGAAGUCAGGAUUUGCUAAUGACUGAGGUGUUUUCAAGUAACAGAGAACAGUGUGGUGAAAACAUGGACGACCUAGAUUUGCCAUUGUUUGAUUUUAGUACCAUAACAAUGGCUACAAACAACUUCUCUGAAGAAACUAAACUUGGACAAGGAGGCUUUGGUAGUGUUUACAAAGGCAGGUUGAUGGAAGGUCAGGAAAUUGCUGUGAAGAGACUAUCAAAAAAUUCUGGUCAAGGUAUAGAAGAAUUUAAGAAUGAGGUAAAGUUAAUUGUGAAGCUUCAACAUCGAAAUCUUGUUCGGCUGCUUGGUUGCAGCAUUGAGAUGGAUGAGAAAAUGCUAGUGUAUGAGUAUAUGGAAAAUAGAAGCCUUGAUGCCAUUUUGUUUGACAAAGCAAAAAGAUCCUCAUUGAACUGGCAAAGGCGCUUCAACAUUAUAUGUGGAAUAGCUAGAGGGCUUCUUUACCUUCACCAAGAUUCCAGAUUUAGGAUCAUCCAUAGGGAUCUCAAGGCAAGUAACAUUCUGCUUGACAAAGAUAUGAACCCAAAGAUAUCAGAUUUUGGGAUGGCUAGAAUUUUUGGUGCGGAUCAGACAGAAGCAAAUACAAUAAGAGUUGUUGGAACAUAUGGAUAUAUGUCUCCUGAAUAUGCUAUGGAUGGGAUCUUCUCAGUGAAAUCUGAUGUUUUUAGUUUUGGGGUUCUUGUUCUGGAGAUCAUAAGUGGAAAAAAGAACAGAGGGUUCUAUUACACAAACAAAGAAUUGAAUCUUCUAGGGCAUGGGUGGAAGCUGUGGAAUGAAGGAAAUGCAUUGGAACUGAUUGAUUCAUCCAUUGACAAUUCAUAUUCACCAUCUGAAGUUCUUAGAUGCAUACAAGUUGGGCUCUUAUGUGUGCAAGAGCAUGCAGAAGAUAGACCAACAAUGUCUUCAGUGGUCUUGAUGCUGAGCAGUGAAACUGCACCAUUGUCACAACCCAAAAUUCCCGGGUUUUGCCUAGGCAGGAAUCCUAUCGAAACUGAUUCUUCUUCAAGUAAACAAGAUGAAUCAUGUACUGUGAACCAAGUCACUGUCACAAUGCUAGAUGCCAGGUAGUGAAAGAAAUAUGGCCUCAUCUAGCACAUUAGUAUAUUCACAAAAAGUUUUAAAAAUUCUUUUUAAGUUUUCCUUCAUUUUUAUAGUUGGAACAUCGUUGAGAUCUAGUAGGAUCUUGUUUUGGUGUAAUAUGCUAAAGAUGCCUUCAUUAAAUUAUACUAUAUAGUUUAAGAUACUCUCUAUUGAUGAAAUUCAGUUUCAUUAUGCACUCACAUUGUUUUUCUCUUUGUUUUUCAGUUUCAGGAUUAAGACAUCAUUAUUUAAAACUAAUAGGGAACAUAUAUUUUUUGCGUUUCCACAUUUCAUAAUUAGGGGAAACUAUUACACUUUGCGCGGAAACAUUAGGAACACGAGGAUUAAAGAGUUAUAAUUGGAAGUCUAAUGAAGCGAUGAUCCUUGAUCAAUUAGAUGCAUUUUCUAUCAAUUCCAAUGCAUUCCCUUCUUUCCAAAGCCUCCAUGCGGCCUACUAUCACAACGCACAAUAGAUUUCUAGUAUAAUAUUGCUUGCC